AUGUCUAAUUUUAUUACUAAAAUAUUGAGAAUCAGUGAACAAUACUCUUUCAUAAAACCUAUCAUAAAAGAAGAUCGUGUUGUAUCGUUUGAGUAUGGCCCCUUAGGUGAAUUAUUAUGUCAAAAUAUUACCAAUGAGUGGAAUAUCAGUAAUAUGAUUGUUCGUGAUAAUCCAGCUUUCGCUUUUUACCGUUCGGUUGAUUCUGGAAAUUUCUUCGAGAGUAUCAAGACUCCGUUUAUGGAGGCUAGAAGGAUAACUCAGAAUUCUUUACCCUUUAGUAUCACCUGUUCGAGAAUUCCGAAAGCUCAUUCCGAAUACACCGAAACACUUGCCAAGGAGAGUACAUAUUUUCGAUCAUCAAAAACGACAGAACUGAAAAAUAUCACAUUUACUGCUCCUGAAGAAGGUCGACAAUUUUUUCAUUUUUGGCAGCGACAACGAAAAAUAUGGUGGAGAAAAUUCUCUGCCGAUCCAGGUCGUUUUUUUCUCUCUGAAAUAAAAAAUGAUGGUGAUAUAGAAUAUACGGAUAUUCAAGCAAAAUUUGAAUGGGGUGUAGAAUCGAUUGAAAGAAUUCGUGUUUUACCGGAGAGUUCCUUUAAACAUCUACCUGUAGAAGAUCAAGAGGAAUGGAUGAUUAAAGUCAAGAAAAAGAAAAUACUUCCUAACGUGAUCGAAUCAGUCACAAAUCUAGAUUGUGCCGCAUUUUGUUUCCUUUGUGAUGCAUUCAUCGAAGAAACACGAUUAGAUACCAAUAAACUACGGCAAUUUAUGAAGUUUCAUAGAAAGUUGGCUCCAUAUAAAGCAGCGUUCGUUAUUGACACUUCUGGUACAUCUCAUCGAGAAGAUCUGAAACUUCUGGCCGAAUAUUUAGCUUUAAAUAUUAAAAAAGUCGGCAUUUCGGUGCUUUAUGUUCCUCUGCUGUGCACUAAUCCUGUUGAAGAAAUGAUCGAGUAUUACGAUUUACUUGGAAUUCCUUUCGUAGUUGUUUUGAAACCAUCGACUUUAGCGGAUGGCAUUUUUGGAUUACGUAGUCGAGAAACUACUUUACAAGAAUUGUUGAAUAUUAAUCAACUAACGGAACAUCUGCAAAUACUUCUGAAAAAUUAUUAAAAAUUUGAAUUUUUUUAAAAAUGCAAAGUAAUUUUUUAAAUAGAAAGUUUGCGAAAUUA